GAUCGCAUCGUUUCUUACGCCCGCAAUGUCGAACAUGGUGUAAAUCCCAGCAUACUUCAUCCUGCUUCUUAUCCUGCUUCCCCACCAAUCACCGUGAGAGUUGCAUGCAACUGCAUCGCUUGCCAACUGCAAUAUAAUGACAUACCAGCCUUACGUCGACGGAUUAAUCUGCUGCUGCCCUAUAAAGACGCUCUUCGAAACCUCGGUGCCAUCGCUACAUCCAAGCUGUUCUUACCAUGGCGACUUCCAUCGAUCAAGCUCGCUGCAUCCUCGUUGUCGGCGCUACCUCCGGGAUCGGACGCGCGCUUGCGCUCGCUAUCUCUGACCUGCCGAGCAAGCCCACCGUGAUCGCUGCUGGAAGAAGAGCAGAUCGCCUGGCUGAACUUGCCGCCAAGGGCCUGAAGACUGUCCAGCUCGACGUCACUGAGGAUGAUGCGGCGUUGAAGACCAAGGUCGAUGCCCUGAUCGCGCAGUACCCCACUCUUGACGGGGUCUUGCUGUGCUCGGGCAUCCAAUACCAGCAGAACUUCCUGCGCGAGAUCGCGCUUUCAGAUGUGAAGAAGGAAGUACAGGUCAACUACAUGGCGGUGAUCACGCUCAUCACGAUGUUCCUGCCACACUUCCUCAAGCUCUCGGGCGCUGGUCUGCCUUCCUGGAUCAUCCCCGUCUCUUCAGGCUUGGGCUUGCUUCCUUCUAGCCAGAUGCCCAACUACUGCGCGACCAAGGCUGCACUGCGCAGCUUCACAAUCUCUCUGCGCCGACAGCUGCUCGAGACCAAGGUCAGCGUCAUCGAAAUCAUCCCACCCCUUGUCGAGUCCGAGCUGCACGAUGACCAAGGCACGACCGCGUUCCUGUCGAAGAUCUGGAUGCCGCUGGCGGACUACACGGCGCACACGCUCAAGGGUCUGCGCGAAGGAAAGACGGACAUCGGAGCGGGCACGUCCGAGAAGGAUGUCGAGCGGUUCAUUGCUGCUGGUCUCAAUGCGCCGGUGCCAGUUCGCAAGUUCGACUGAUUGACUAGUACAAAUGUACCAAUGUAAACAUGACAUGACAUGGGGAUCGCUCCGCCGUACUUGGAGAGUGAUAUAGAACGUAUCAGCAAGGUUGUGAACGAGUCGAUAUCUGGUUCUCGAACUGCAUUUGUUUCACAAUGAAUCUUGGGCUUUGGAGUGCAUACGACAUCCCUGCGAGGCGUGAUGAUGAAAUUAGAGAGCAGUAUCA